AUGGAAAAUACGCACACUAAAUCAGCCACUGAAGUUUUAGAUCACUUCGGGGUGAACGAAAACAACGGGCUGACGCUGGAGCAAGUCAAAACUAACCUAGAGAAAUAUGGUGCAAACGAGCUCCCGGCUGAAGAAGGUAAAUCUCUGUGGGAGUUGGUGGUGGAGCAGUUUGAAGAUCUCCUGGUCAGAAUACUGCUGCUGGCGGCGUGCGUCUCCUUUGUGUUGGCUCUGUUCGAAGAAGAAGAGACAACCACUGCUUUUGUGGAGCCUGUUGUAAUUCUCCUGAUCCUCAUUGCCAACGCUGUUAUCGGGGUCUGGCAGGAGCGGAAUGCUGAAAAUGCCAUUGAAGCUCUGAAGGAGUAUGAACCGGAGAUGGGGAAAGUGUACCGCAUGAACCGCAAAGCCGUGCAGAGGAUCAAGGCACGAGACAUCGUCCCAGGGGACAUAGUGGAGGUGGCAGUUGGAGAUAAGGUGCCCGCAGACAUCAGGGUGACAUCUAUAAAGUCCACCACCCUACGAGUAGACCAGUCCAUCCUCACAGGAGAGUCUGUGUCGGUCAUCAAACACACAGACCCCGUCCCUGACCCCAGAGCUGUCAACCAGGACAAGAAGAACAUGCUGUUUUCUGGCACAAACAUUGCAGCCGGGCGAGCCAUAGGCAUUGUUGUGGCCACAGGUGUGUCGACAGAGAUCGGUAAGAUCCGUAAUCAGAUGGUGGCCACUGACCAGGAGAAGACUCCUCUGCAGAAGAAGAUGGAUGAGUUUGGGCAGCAGCUGUCCAAGGUCAUCUCCCUGAUCUGCGUGGCCGUGUGGGUCAUCAACAUCGGGCAUUUCGGCGACCCCGUCCAUGGGGGCUCCUAUGUCAAAGGGGCCAUAUACUACUUUAAGAUCGCUGUGGCGUUGGCUGUGGCUGCCAUCCCCGAAGGCCUCCCUGCGGUCAUCACCACCUGCCUGGCUCUGGGCACUCGCCGCAUGGCUAAGAAGAACGCCAUCGUGCGCAGUCUGCCGUCCGUGGAGACUCUGGGCUGCACCUCUGUGAUCUGCUCUGACAAGACCGGCACUCUCACCACCAACCAGAUGUCUGUGUGCAGAAUGUUCAUCGCCGACAAAGUGGAUGGUUCUAACUGUAGCCUCCAUGAGUUCAGCAUAACUGGAUCAACAUAUGCUCCUGAAGGGCAAAUACUGAAAGGAGACAGACCGGUCCAGUGUGGAGACUAUGAUGGACUUCUGGAGCUGGCGACAGUCUGCUCCUUGUGCAACGACUCUUCACUCGAUUACAAUGAGGCCAAAGGAGUUUACGAGAAGGUUGGUGAAGCCACAGAGACUGCACUCACGACUCUGGUGGAGAAGAUGAAUGUGUUUAAGACCGACCUAUCAGGACUCAGCAAGGUGGAACGUGCUGGCGUCUGCAACUCCGUUAUCCGACAGCUGAUGAAGAAGGAGUUCACUCUGGAGUUCUCCAGAGACAGGAAGUCCAUGUCUGUGUACUGCACCCCUGUCAAACCGGGAUCCCCAAGCAAGAUGUUCAUCAAAGGUGCUCCAGAGAGUGUGAUUGAGCGCUGUGAUUACCUCAGAGUGGGCACCUCCAGAGUCCCGCUCACAGCUGACCUGAGGGAGCAGCUCUUGUCCCGGAUCAGGGACUGGGGCACAGGGCGGGACACGCUGCGCUGCCUCGCACUCGCAACUCAUGACUCUCCACCAAACAAGGAGGGCAUGGACCUGGAGAACUCCACCAAGUUUGCCCAGUAUGAGGCGGCCCUCACCUUUGUGGGCUGUGUAGGUAUGUUGGACCCUCCUAGGAAGGAGGUGAUCGGCUCCAUAAAGUUGUGUAACGAGGCUGGUAUCCGUGUAAUCAUGAUCACUGGAGACAACAAGGGCACGGCUGUGGCCAUCUGUAGACGCAUCGGUAUCUUUGGUGAAGAGGAGGAUGUGACGGGCCUGGCUUACACUGGCCGUGAGUUUGAUGACCUGCCAACAGAAGCCCAGAGAGAGGCCGUCAAAAGGGCCAGAUGCUUUGCACGAGUGGAGCCAGCACACAAGUCCAAGAUUGUUGCAUUUCUACAGUCCUUUGAUGAGAUUACAGCCAUGACUGGUGAUGGAGUCAACGAUGCCCCUGCCCUGAAGAAAGCAGAGAUUGGUAUCGCCAUGGGCUCUGGGACAGCCGUGGCAAAAUCGGCAUCAGAAAUGGUCUUGUCCGAUGAUAAUUUCUCCACCAUCGUUGCUGCCGUGGAGGAGGGACGAGCAAUCUAUAACAACAUGAAGCAGUUUAUCAGAUACCUCAUUUCUUCCAAUGUUGGAGAGGUUGUGUGUAUAUUCCUGACCGCCAUUUUGGGUCUACCAGAAGCUCUGAUCCCCGUGCAGCUUCUGUGGGUGAACUUAGUGACUGACGGCCUUCCCGCUACGGCUCUGGGCUUCAACCCUCCGGACCUGGACAUCAUGGACAAACCUCCACGCAACCCCAAAGAGCCUCUCAUCUCGGGAUGGCUGUUUUUCAGAUACCUGUCUAUUGGAGGAUACGUGGGCCUGGGCACUGUGAGCGCUGCCACAUGGUGGUAUCUGUUUGAUGAAGAGGGGCCACAAGUGUCUUUUUAUCAGCUGAGGCAUUUCAUGCAGUGCACUGAGGACAACCCCAUGUUUAAAGACAUAGACUGUGAUGUGUUUGAAUCCCGCUAUCCCACCACUAUGGCCCUCUCUGUGCUGGUGACCAUUGAAAUGUUCAAUGCACUCAACAGCCUGUCAGAGAACCAGUCGCUGCUGCGGAUGCCUCCCUGGGUCAAUAUUUGGCUGCUGGGAGCCAUCGUCCUGUCCUUGUCUUUGCACUUCCUGAUCCUGUAUGUGGAGCCGCUCCCGCUCAUCUUUCAGGUCACCCCAUUGCAGUGGUAUCAGUGGAUUGUGGUAUUGAAAAUUUCUAUCCCGGUUAUUCUCCUGGAUGAGGCAUUAAAAUAUAUAUCCAGGAAUCAUCUGGAAGUUGACGAGGAGAUGAUCUAUCGACGCCGAUGGCAGCUGAACUAA